AUGAGCCACCCAAUCCCAGACACUAAAGAUUCUCACUCGGUCCAAGUCAUUCUACCACAAAAGCAACUUGGUCGUAAAUCAGAUAUGUAUCUGUUCUGCUGCUCUUAUGCACACAAUGUGGCGCCCAAAGGAAAAUAUAUUGCCUUUGUUUCAGCAGAAGCCGAGACAGACAACCCCGAAGUUGAACUGAAGCCAGGAGUAGACCUCCUUGGACCAGUAGACGAGAUCUUUUAUGAAACUUAUGACAGAUUGGUACCCUAUAAUAAGAGUGAUGCCGACAAUUGUUUCAUUUCCACAAGUUAUGAUGCAACAACACACUUCGAGUCCACUGUAACUGAUGUUCUAGCCAUGUACACCAAGAUAACUGGAAAGGUUCUCGAUUUGUCGGUAGACCUGAGUUCUGCAAGUGCUUCCGCUGAAGAAUGA